AUGGGUAAAUAUGAAGAUGCAAUUAUAUAUUUAAAUAAAUCAUUGGAAAUAAAACCGAACAAUGUGAGUGCAUUGACUAAUUGUGGAGACAUUUAUCGAAUGUUAAAUAGAUAUGAAGAAUCACUUGCAGAUUUAAAUAAGGCAUUAGAGAUCGAUCCAAAUUGUGUAGAGGCAUUAAAUAAUCUAACUUAUCGUGUGAUGGAUAGGUACGAAGAAUCACUAACAGACUUAAGUAGGUCAUUAGAGCUAGAACCAAACAAUGUCGAUGUAUUGAAUAAUCGUGGGAACAUUUAUCGAAUGUUAGGUAAAUAUGAAGAAUCACUUGUUGAUUUAAAUAAAGCAUUAGAAAUCGAACCAAAUUCCGUGGAUGCAUGGAAUAUUCAGUCAUUUUCUGACUUAAGUAAAUCAUCAGAAAUCAAUCAAAAUAAUAGAAGUACUUGUCAAAUGGUUGAAUCAAUUGCGGAUUCAUGCAAGUCAUUCGACAAUAUAAUAGAAUCGAAUAAUCAGAUGAGUAGUGGCGAUAAUAGUGAUGAUUCAGACUUAAACAAUGUGAUGGCAUUAAAUAAACAUGGGCUAACUUAUCAACAAGUAGACGAUUAUGAAAAAACACUAGAAAGCGAAUCAAAUAAUUCUGGAGUAUGGAAUAAUUUGGAAGCAUCGAGUAAUAAUGGAUUGGCUUAUCAGAAGAUGGAUGAUGAAAUGCUCGGGACUUCCAAAAAAUCACUGGAGAUUGGACCAAAUGAACGACUGGAUAUUGGUGGUAGUAGCUACAAAAGUAACGAGAAAUUGAACACAGAUUUGAUGAUUGAUUAUCUAAUGGAUAGAAGUGAAGUGUUACCUAAGGAACCAUUAGAAAAGUCCCUUUUGGAUUUAAAUAAAACACUGGAAAUUAAUCCAGAUAAUGCAACUGCAUUAUAUUAUCGUGGGUUAACUUAUCACUAUAUGAGUAGAUAUAAAGAAUCGCUCGUAAACUUAAAUAAAUCUUUAGGAAUUAAAUCGAGAAUUAAAAACCCAGAAGAGUUAAAUGAAGGACAAGUUGAAAUUAAAGAUGCGUUUUUAGAAGCAGAUAAAAUUAUAAAUAAAUCAUCAAUUAAUUUACAACAUCAAGAUGCCAAAUACGUGUCUCAGAGUUUAGACCAAGUUAUAGGUAACUAUAAAUUAAGUUAA